CCCAAGUCUCGCCCUCAGCCGAGCGCACUACUUUCCUGUAGGUCGGCCUGAAGACCGCCAUUCUGGAAGCGUGCUGGCUCGGCUGGGUGUUCCGUUUUUCCUUUAUCCUUUUUCCUUCACUUGAAUCUACCUUAUCUCCCCACUGUGCAGUAAUCUAUUUAUGUUGCCGCUUUUUGCGGAACCUUUAUAAGGUCGGAACCCAAGCGCGGUAGGGCGCGGGCAGCUGGAGGACUGCUUUGGCAAAGGACAACCAGUUAUCUGUGGCGGGUUGGUCGGCACAGUUCCGGUGAGAGAACGCGGCCGUGAGGACUUCGGCUUUGGUUCCUGAAAUGCAUCGUCCGAAUUUUCGACCCCCGACCCCUCCUUACCCAGCCCCGGGUGUAGGAGGUUGGGGUGGCGGGAGCGGCUUCCGGGGUACCCCGGGCGGGGGCGGACCACGGCCGCCCUCCCCUCGGGACGGGUACGGGAGCCCGCACCACACGCCGCCUUACGGGCACCGGUCUAGGCCCUACGGAAGCAGCCACUCUCCGCGACACGGCGGCAGCUUCUCGGGGGGCCGGUUCGGGUCACCGUCUCCUGGCGGCUACCCUGGCUCGUACUCCAAGUCCCCCGCGGGGUCCCAGCAGCAAUUCGGCUACUCCCCGGGGCAGCAGCAGACCCACCCCCAGGGUUCUCCAAGGACAUCCACACCAUUUGGAUCAGGGCGUGGUAGAGAAAAAAGAAUGUCUAAUGAGUUGGAAAGUUAUUUCAAGCCUUCAAUGCUUGAAGAUCCUUGGGCUGGCCUAGAACCAGUAUCUGUAGUGGACAUAAGCCAACAAUACAGCAAUACUCAAACAUUCACAGGCAAAAAAGGAAGAUACUUUUGUUAACAUUUCUGAAAUUCAACUGGAAGCUUCAUGUGUCAGGAACAUCUUGGACAAAACUUUUACUUGUGAAAAUAAGUUGAACCCAAAGAUGUUGAUUUUGAAUAAUUAGUAGGGCCUUGGUAUUUUUCAUUAUAUCAAGUGUUGUUAUUAGAGAAGAAUGUAGGAUAAUUUUCAGUAUUUAGUUCUCUGAAAGUGCCUAUCACAUUUAGACUUACAGUUUCAAUAUAUUUAACAUUCCUGGUUAUAUAAUGGACAUUUGUCUUUUAAAUGUUUUUCUAAUGUUUUAAAAUAAAACAUUUUGUCUUUGUAGCUAUAUUGUGGUUUUGUGGUAUGAUAAAGAAGUAGAAUAACUAAAAUAAUGCUUUGUAAUCACUUAGAAUUUAUAGGUAAAUGUUUUGCAAAUUGUUUUUGAAAAUGAAUUAGAUAAACUAUUUCUAUCUCAUGUCUAUUCUUUUAGCUAUAGACAAUUCUAUAUUCCUAAAAAGGAAGCAAAUAGCAAAGUUCUAUUUGUAUCCACUAUAUUGUUCUACAUGCAUAUUUUAUUUAAUGCUUCUAUUGAAACACAUUGAAACUUGAUUUCAAAUCACAGAACCCCACUUAGAAUAAGUUUAUACUCAUUAAACCAGAAAAGACAAGGAUAUUCAUGCAUAGGUAGAUCAAUGUAUUUAAUCUGAAUUUCUAUCUCUUAUCACUAUAAUUAUUUACUUUUGAAACCAAAGAAGAUAUUUACCAACAAACCCAAAUAACUUCCAUCACAAAAAGAGCAUCUCUUAAUUCCAUCAGUCUUGAAGAAGUCAUACUCAGACAUGUUUUGUACUCUUAAGCCAAUUAAGUUUGACCAUUGCAGUAAGGCCCUUGAGCUUGAAUAACAUAUCCAACCUGAUAUUAGAAGACAGUUCUGUGAUCUUUAGCCCCAUUGAGCCUACUUGGAGUAGAGAAAUGGUUUCCUAAAGAAAGGAAAGCUAUGUGUAUGUAUCUAUAACAAUGGAAGUAAAAAAAAUGAAUAUUUCCUCAAUUAUGAAAAACAAAGUCAAGCCUUACAAUGUGCAAUGAAAUCUUUUUAGAUGUUUUGAAGGCACAAACUAGAUAGAGCUAGUUAAAAUUUUGUUUCAACCCCCCCCCCCCGCAAAAAAAAAAAAA